CAUCUUUGGCGGUUUGGUUUGUGUCAAAAGGAAUAGUGAGCGUAGGUGGUGGAUGCACUAGACUGACUAGACUGUGAGGCGUGAACUGAAGGUUUAGACGUGAAAUUAGGAUCUUCUCCGUGGAGAACGCCGAUAACAAUGCUUCAUGAACCUGGAUAUCAACAGAAGUUUAUUAUGUCUGGAGAAAAAGAGAGGUUUAAGGAACUUUUACGAACACGACUGAUUGAAAGUGGAUGGCGAGACCAGAUCCUGAUGCAUUGUAGACAGAUAGUUAAGGAACGUGGUGUGCAGAAUAUUACAGCUGAACAGUUAAUUUCUGAAGUGACUCCGAAGGGCAGAGCUUUGGUACCAGAUGCUGUGAAGAAAGAACUCCUACAGAAAAUUAAAAAUCAUUUUUCACAAGCUUUAUAAAGUAAGGGCUCAUUUGUACCAAAACAGGUUGUUUUGGACAUAAAACUGGUGUGCAUUGCAGCAGGCAAAAAAGUGUGCUCUGGAAAGAAGUUGUAUACUCUAGAAAUAUCGUCUGAAUUGUGCUGAUCAGGCAGAAAUUGUCAGGCGAAUGAAUUUAACUUCUGCGGACAACUGCAAAAAUGCCAUUUACUAGCAAGGAAACUGUCACUAUGUUACUGAAUACACUUUAGUAAUUGUUAGGUAUGGAAAUUUACAGAAAGUGAAUAAAGUGCUGUGUGACUGUAAUGGACAUUGAAGUUUUUAACUCUCAGCAGAUAUAAGAUGAAUUUAUGAUGAACAGGUUGCCGUGUGCUAGAUACAAUUGUUUAUCUCUAAUUUGUAUGGGCAAUGCACAAGGAUACUGUUCAUUGCCACUUAGUCUAUCUAGAUGAUUGUUUUUCCUACUAAAUAUGAUUCACAACAAUUUGUGAAGCUUUCAUGUCAACAGUCAUUUGUAAGGUUUUUAAUUAAUGAGUUUAUUGGAUGAGUUAAAACAUACUUACUGAGAAA